AGCAGCCAAGCCUGGCUUAAAACCCUUCGCCACCGGGCGGCAGAAUUACAAAGGAGGCCGUCUGCCUCCUUUGUCCUGGAUUUGGGAGUUGAGCACCUUCGUCGCCAUUGGCUUUCCUCCCCCAGCUCCAGCCUCUCUCAUCUUGGGAAUCUGCGUCAGAAGUCACUCGCAGUCCCGUCAGCCCAGAAGACGUAAAGCAGGCUACCAGCAAUUUUGAGAACUUGCAAAAACAGCUUGCAAGGAAAAUGAAGCUUCCUAUUUUCAUAGUAGAUGCAUUCACAGCAAGAGCAUUUCGUGGGAAUCCUGCUGCUGUUUGCCUCCUAGAAAAUGAAUUGGAUGAAGACAUGCAUCAGAAAAUUGCAAGGGAGAUGAACCUCUCUGAAACUGCUUUUAUCCGAAAACUGCACCCGACAGACAACUUUGCACAAAGUUCCUGCUUUGGACUGAGAUGGUUUACACCAGCGAGUGAGGUCCCACUCUGUGGCCAUGCCACCCUGGCUUCUGCAGCUGUGCUGUUUCACAAAAUAAAAAACAUGAAUAGCACGCUCACGUUUGUCACUCUGAGUGGAGAACUAAGGGCCAGACGAGCAGAGGAUGGCAUCGUCCUGGACUUGCCUCUUUAUCCAGCCCACCCCCAGGACUUCCAUGAAGUAGAGGACUUGAUAAAGACUGCCAUAGGCAACACACUGGUCCAGGACAUCUGUUAUUCUCCAGAUACCCGAAAGCUCCUCGUCCGCCUCAGUGACGUUUACAACAGGUCAUUUCUGGAGAACCUGAAAGUGAACACGGAGAAUCUGCUUCAAGUUGAAAACACAGGGAAGGUGAAAGGGCUUAUUCUUACCCUUAAAGGAGAGCCUGGUGGGCAGACCCAAGCAUUUGACUUUUACUCAAGAUAUUUUGCACCGUGGGUUGGUGUGGCUGAAGACCCAGUGACAGGGUCUGCACACGCUGUUCUCAGCAGCUACUGGUCCCAGCAUCUGGGGAAGAAAGAAAUGCAUGCUUUUCAGUGUUCCCGCCGAGGAGGAGAGCUGGGAAUUUCACUUCGUCCAGACGGAAGGGUUGACAUUAGAGGAGGUGCAGCUGUUGUUUUAGAGGGCACACUGACAGCCUAGAGGUGGUUAUGCUGUGACGCUGCUGUCUUUAACCACAAGUAUUUUCUGCAUAAAAAGAAAUGUAAGGGGCUGCCUUUAGCAAAUGUGCAUAGUAGUCUACUUAAUCCUCAUGUUAAAAAUCGAAAAAUGGGCCAGGUGCAGUGGCUCAUGCCUGUAAUCCUAGCACUUUGAGAGGCCAAGGUGGGUGGAUCACCUGAGGUCAGGGGUUCGAUACCAGCCUGGCCAACAUGGUGAAACCUCGUCUCUACUAAAAAUACAAAAAUUAGCUGGGUGUGGUGCCACAUGCCUGUAAUUCCAGCUACUUGGGAGGCUGAGGCAGGGAGAAUCACGUGAACCCAGGAGGCAGAAGUUGCAGUGAGCAGAGAUCACACUACUGCACUCCAGCCUGGGCAACAGAGUAAGACUCCAUCCACACACACACACACACACACACACACACAAAAUUGAAAACUGAAGACAUUUUAAUGGAGAUUUAAUAGUGCUUCCAGACUAAUGAACUAAUGGAGUUUUGGCUCCACUCAUGAGUGUAUAUGAAAUGUAAGUAACCAGCUACAAAGAAUAAUGUCACUUCAUUUGAUUAUGACUACCAAUCAAGUGAAGGAGGAAUACAUUUCUAAGGAGUGAUACUAAACCAUUUGAGCUUAAAUGAGUACCUGAUUUUGCAGCCAUUAAAAUGAGUCAAUAACUAUGUGGAAAUAUAGAAAAAUAUUUUAUAAUAUAAUACUAAGAAAGAGGACAGUAGGCCAUAAAAUGUUAGCAGUGUUAUGCUAUGUCUAUAUAAAUAAGCGUGGGCCAUUAAAAAUAGCAAACUGAAAACAGUUCAUGUGUGGGGGGCAAGUUUAGAAGUAAUUUUAAUGUAUCUAAGAAGUGAUUUCCUUUAUUGUUGUACUCAGGUACGAAGACUAAAAAUCAGGAUGAAUCCAGAAAAUUAACACAAAAAAGUAUGUAUUAGGCUACUUCCUGUCGUAGUGAAAUUAAACACUCAAAGUAAUGUAAUCUCAGCUGGGCAUGGCGGCUCAUGCCUGUAAUCACAGCACUUUGGCAGGACAGGGCAGGAGGAUCGCUUGAACCUAGGAGUUCGAGACCAGCCUGGGCAACACAGCGAGAACUUGUCUCUAUUAAAAAAAAAAAAAAGGAAUGUAAUUUCAAUCUUUUUCUUGAUAUAUGGCUUGAGAAUGAUAAUGUAAAAGGAAUUCUUCUCUUACUUUAAUAAAAUGGGUUUUAACAUAACUUUAAAUUCAGUUAAAUGUACAAUAUUGAAUACCUAUAGUUGACUUUGGGAUGGGGACUUUUUCAAGUCAUUAAGAGUGUUUGUUUAAGGUGAUCUCAUUGAUGGUAGUUCUCAGCCAUCUCAAAAACUGCAAGCUAAUCAGUCAGACAUUCUUUAAUGACCCCAAUUUUUUCACUUUAAUUGUUACCAUGUUUUCUAUUUUUACUGAUUUUUGCUAAAGCAUGUAAGAGUGAAUUUAUUACAGCAGUAAUCUUGUGUUUCUCCUGAUGUACAAUAAAUCAAUAAUUCACCAGC